UUCCUCUAACACAUUCGUUCACUCUGGUGGAGUAAAGUGACAUUGAAAGGGUGCCUCAACGUGGCAUCCUAGAAAAAGACCCCUCUAUUUCCCAACAGCCGUCACCACACUGUACCGUCCUGGCACACGUAGUACCCUCCGAAACGUCCCUACCUCGACUAAUAAAUGACCAGCAUAGGCGCCAGAGAAAUAAAACAAGUGAAAGACACGGAUCAUUAUCCGAACGUGGAGAGAAAAACAACGAAUACUUUUCGGAAUCAUAUGAAGGAAAAGCGCACGAAUCGUCGUCGCAGUUGCCUUCUCAAUGCAUACCCUUUGUGCUCGGGGAACGAUGAAACCAGAGAUUAGCGCCGCGGUCGGGUUUCUGUCGAGAUUUCUGCGGAUAAAAGGACACGUAAAUGACAGACAGCUUCAAUCAUUCAGCGCAAGUUUACAGGAUAUUUUGUCAGAGCAAUACAAGCACCACUGGUUCCCCGACAGGCCAUGCAAGGGCUCGGGCUACCGCUGCAUCCGCAUCAACCACAAGAUGGAUCCCCUGGUGGGGCAGGCAGGCCAGCGCAUCGGCCUGACCAUCAAUCAGCUCUACCUGCUGCUGCCUAGUGAGCUCACCCUCUGGGUGGACCCCUUCGAGGUGUCCUACCGCAUCGGCGAGGACGGCUCCAUCUGCGUGCUCUACGAGUCCCAGCCGGUGGCCCCGGCGCCGUCGGGAGGCAGUGCGGUCAUCUCGACCCCCAUGGUGGACAGUCACAUCAGCUGCAAGGAGGCGGCGGGGAUGCUGGGCAGGACCAGCCCUUCCAAAGCCUACAACAUGAUGACUAUGUCCAGCUAAGGGCUGCCACCCGCCACGUCGGGUCGUGGGUUUCGCCCUAGUUGGUCGAUGGCGAACCUUUUUAAAGCUAAAAAGAAAUGAAAUGAAAAAGAGAAAAAAAGGAUCAGAAAAGGCAGAGGAUGUGGCCUAUCGUCCAGGUGAAACCUUGUAGGUUUGAUAUUUCUUUCUCCUCCCUCGCUCCAUAGUCUGUUAUGUUGUGUUGUGGGAUCUACCGGAGGCUUCGUUUUUUCCCCCGCGGAGAGGACUGUGUGGAGCGUGGAGCUGUUGGGGGCAGCUAAAACAAACCAAGAAACCAAACAGAAACAGCGCAGAGAAGGGGCUGCUUUUUGUUUUUGUUGUUUUUACACCUGUCUAUCAUUGUUGACUUUGCACUUUCUUCUCCACGUGGUUACAGUGGGUACCAUGUCACCACCCCCAUCACCCUCUCAAAAGAUUCAAGGAACUGCUGUCAAGAACCAUACUGUUGAAUUUCAGCCUUUUAUCUACUUCCUGUUGUUAUUGGGUGUACUUCCUGUCUAGGAAGGAAGUUAAGGGGCUGAGGUCCGGACUGUGCCUGUUUCUAGGUCAGUCUCUGGGGAAACGCUCGAAGUCAUUUUCUUCUAAAUCCCAGUUUUUGGACCAUAGGGUAUUUCUUUAACCCCAGAGGCUGCCCCAUAUACCAGCGUCGAGCUUCAGGAAGCCACUCCCCCUCCAUAUGGAAGUGCAGUGGAAUGCGCUGUGACACCUGUUGCUAAGGACAGUAAUGUGUCACAGCGCACCCCACCAACACCCCCAACCAUGUAUGUGUAGCUUUCUGGGGAGGGCUGGGUAUUUGCCCCCUCUCCUUCGAUGAAUGUUGGUUUGAAAUUCACAAUCAAGUUCUCGUUUUGUUUAUAUCCCUCCAUCCCCACCCUGACCUUUGGCCCUCUCCAAAUUCAAAGUGUAGCAUAGGUGGCACUAUAUUCUCACCGAAAUCUGGAUCAUUUGUUUUGGUUGUUGUGGCACUGUCAGAAGAAAUGACAUUGAAUGCACUUUUGACAUUUAGAUUGUGUGGGAUGUGUACUUCUAGAGAAAACCAUCUUCAUUCCAUUUGUUACAAUGUCAUCUUUCAUGAGUUCCUUUUCUUUUGUAAAUUACUCACAGCUCUUACGUCAGGCUAGACCCCACUCUAUAGAAUUGGGGAGAGUAACUGAAGGUUUUAAAAAGAUUUCACACUGUAAGCAUUUCAUUCAGAUCCGUUCAGGUUUUGGUAGGUAGGUGCGGUUGUGACAGGUUAGGCAUCUGUUGUCCGUUUGUAAGGCACUUUUCUCGGAAGCCCCCCUCCCCCAAUACACACACACACACAUAUACACACACACACACACAGAUGGCAAUUUGAGACACUUAUAGAACUCUGAUAGAUCUCUCUGCAGCUGUCGAGGGGUGUGUGAGUGUAGCCAAAGGGAAGUCUGUACGCCCCUGACUGGGUCCAUGCUUUCAACACCUCUCCUUUCUUCUGUCUCUCAGUUUGGAUGAGGGGUGCGUUGCCCAACGUAGGACUUCAAUGUUACACCUAUGAGCCAUUCUCUGGAGAACCGAGAGAGAACCAGCGUAAUGUUAGCCAGCCUGGUUCGAGGUGCUGCUGGACCCUCUCUGGAGGUGUGCCUGUCAGGGCAGACAGACACAAGAAGCCCCUCUGGUGCCACAUAUCACCCCCAGCCAGCUAACCAACCAGCCAACCCCCUCCCCCCAAUAGCAGUACGGAGCUAGCAGUAACACAUAUCACCUUUCCUCGCACCAGGGGAGGGAAUGGAGGUGGUGCGGGGGCCAGGGCCGGAUACUCUCGUCCAGGGCAGCUACAAUCCCUCCGGCCCCCUCUAAACUAACCUCCACCCAACCAACCCCCUCUUGGCGGUGGAGAGCAAAGCCAGCACAUGCACUCAGCGCACUCCGUCUGCACUGGGAGCCCACAUAGAGACAGGCAACAAAGAGGAGUCAAAGGAUAGGAAGUGACGGUACACAGUCCAAAUUUCUUUGUUUCUUAGGCUGAGCACUGAACUUGUUUACAUGGGUGCAAUAGGACGAUGGUGGUGUCAGUUGUCCUGUAGCUCACUCCUGGUUGGUCACGCUGCAGACAGACAGACAGACGAUGUGACAGGCUGUGGGGUUUCGGGGCUUUUAGCUGCUAAGCUGGCCAGGCUGGCACCAGCACAUCAGACCAACAUGUGCUGCUUUAAGCUCCCUAAGCACAGAGGAUCAUGGGUAAUGGAUCUGUGGUUGUUGAUGCACUGCACACCCUAUCCUCCCUCAUCCACCCCUCCUCCUCACUGUCCCCCCUCUCUCCAUUUCUCCUGGUGCUCCUUCAGCAAUCUGUGGAAAAAGCAGUGUCUCCACAUGAGCCAGAUGGACAUGUCUGAGAGUGUAGCCCAGAGCUUUGUUGUCGUGGUUGAAAACCAGCUUUUUAAAAACCUUGCAGCUCCUCUAUUACUUCGAUUCUGCCAGCUAUCGAUGUUGUUAUGAGAUUGGUCUGUGUUUCAGACGUAGCAAGUUGUCCCUCUUUUUGCUAUAUGUAUUUUAAAGUCACAUAGGUAGCAUCUCAUCCCCCACUUCCUUUCGCCCUAGUCUGAUCAUCUAUCCCGAUCAUCUAUUUGACUUCAUUUUUAGACCAAAAAGGAAACAAUGCCGAAAUGGUUUGAUCUCUUUCUCAACAGUAACACCACCACCAAAACAAUACGAUUUAGUCCACAAUAUCGGAUCUGUAAAUGCAUCCAUUCAGCCUUUGCGCACAUAGGUUUCAGAAACGUUGUGAAAAGUGUUUUUGAAUAGUCGGAGGUAAUAGCACAUAAAAUGCACUAAAUAUGUCAAGUUGAAGUUGUGACGUUUUUGAGACGCGAGGAGUCUCUUCUGGAAUGUAUUACCAAACUCAGGCCUCGGACAUUCAAUAAAAACCCUUCUGGAAAAGCUGUGCAUGUUAAGACGCGAAACGGGAAGGGAAUAGUCGUCGAUGAUUCAUCAAUGAUUUUUGAAUUAUUGCCACUUUCACAUUUAGGGUGUUUUACAUAUUCUAGAAUCUAUUGCUAUUGUACGCCAUAUGGUAGAAUACAUGCAUAACAUUACACAAUGGGAAGUGCCAAUCAUUUGUUUUGAGGUGUUUAGAUGUAUUUCUUUUGCAUUUCCUAGUUUUAACACGGAUAACUAUUUUCGUAAGUGAAGCCAUUUGUGAUGGGAGUGUUGGCAAGGACCAAUCUGUUUUGGUAAAAGAGAUAUCAGUUUCCAUGCCCUGUACUGAUAGACCUAUCCUUUGUUUUUUUUUUACUUACAAAACAAGAAAAACGUUUAAAAAAUCUGAGCGUACCCAAGAAGAAAAGCUGUCUACUCUACCUUGUGAUUUCAUGUCAGUACAUCUUUAUUGUGUUCAUUUUCUUUUCCUUGGGUAUGUUGUGAUGAACUGCUGUAAAUUUGUACAGUUCAUGUAAAUUGAUUGUGCGAAAGUUGUACAGAUUUCUAUAUUUUGGAAGAAAAGUAGUUUUUUUCUUCUCUGUAAUAAAAUAUUUCCUAUCUUGGCAACAUA